CACUGUGGGAAGAGCUUCAAGUACCAGAGUCAUCUCAAAAUACACCAGCGCAUUCACACUGGAGAGAAACCGUAUCAGUGCUCACAGUGUGGAAAGAGUUUUAAUAUACAGAGUUAUCUCAAAAUACACCAACGCAUUCACACUGGAGAGAAACCAUAUCAGUGCUCACAGUGUGGAAAGAGUUUUAAUAGACAGAGUGAGCUCAAAAUACACCAGCGCAUUCACACUGGAAAUAAACCAUAUCAGUGCUCACAGUGUGGAAAGAGUUUUAAUCAACAGAGUGAGCUCAAAAUACACCAGCGCAUUCACACUGGAGAGAAACCGUAUCAGUGCUCACAGUGUGAAAAGAGUUUUAAUACACUGAGUGCUCUGAAAAUACACCAGCGCAUUCACACUGGAGAGAAACCGUAUCAGUGCUCACAGUGUGGAAAGAGUUUUAAUAUAAAAAGUCAUCUAAAAAAACACCAGCGCAUUCACACUGGAGAGAAACCGUAUCAGUGCUCAAAGUGUGAGAAGAGUUUUAACAGACAGGAAUCUCUCAAAAGACACCAGCGCAUUCACACUGGAGAGAAACCGUAUCAGUGCUCACAGUGUGCAAAGACUUUUAAUCAACAGACACAUCUCAAAAUACACCAGCGCAUUCACACUGGAAAUAAACCAUAUCAGUGCUCACAGUGUGAAAAGAGUUUUAAUACAAAGAGUGAUCUGAAAAUACACCAGCGCAUUCACACUGGAGUUAAACCAUAUCAGUGCUCACAGUGUGGAAAGAGUUUUAAUCGACACUGUUAUCUCAAAACACACCAGCGCUUUCACACUGGAGAGAAACCGUAUCAGUGCUCACAGUGUGGAAAGAGUUUUAGUAUACAGAGUAAUCUCAAAAUACACCAGCGCAUUCACACUGGAGAGAAACCGUAUCAGUGCUUACAGUGUGAGAAGAGUUUUAACAGACAGGAAUCUCUCAAAAUACACCAGCGCAUUCACACUGGAGAGAAACCGUAUCAGUGCUCACAGUGUGUGAAGACUUUUAAUCAACAGACUAGUCUCAAAACCCACCAGCGCAUUCACACUGGAGAGAAACCAUAUCAGUGCUCACAGUGUGCGAAGAGUUUUAAUACAAAGAGUCAUCUGAAAAGACACCAGCACAUUCACACUGGAGAUAAACCAUAUCAGUGCUCACAGUGUGGAAAGAGUUUUAAUACAAAGAGUGAUCUGAAAAUACACCAGCGCAUUCACACUGGAGAUAAACCAUAUCAGUGUUCACAGUGUGGAAAAAGUUUUAAUCAACACGGUAGUCUCAAAAGACACAAGCGCAUUCACACUGGAGAGAAACCAUAUCAGUGCUCACAGUGUGAGAAGAGUUUUAAUAGACUGAGUCAUCUCAAAAUACACCAGCGCAUUCACACUGGAGAGAUACCGUAUCAGUGCUCACAGUGUGGGAAGAGUUUUAAUAUUCAGAGUGCUCUCAAAAUACACCAGCGCAUUCACACUGGAGAGAAACCAUAUCAGUGCUCACAGUGUGGGAAAAGUUUUUAUACACAGUCUACUCUCAAAAUACACCAGCGCAUUCACACUGGAGAGAAACCGUAUCAGUGCUCACACUGUGGGAAGAGUUUUAAUAGAAAGAAUGAUCUCAAAAGACACCAGCGCAUUCACACUGGAGAGAAACAUUAUCUGCAUCCGGAAUCAGAUACUAACAGAAAAAGCUUUAAUAUACAAAGUGACCGUAAAAUACACCAGCACAUUCACACUGGAGAGAAACCAUAUCAGUGA